UGGGGCGUGUGUCCAUAGUGAGAGGAAAGUAUUUAAGGGAAAGUGUGCGGGUGAGCGACGGAGUGCGGCUUCAGCUUUCACUGUAAGAGGACGUAUACCUGUGCUGGCAAUCAUGACUUGUUAUACCACAAAACCCUUCUCGCUACUCCUACUGUUGCUGGUGUUGAUGGUGAUGACGCGGGCUGGUCCGGCCUGUAAGAAGAUUUGUAAAAACCGCUAUGGACGAGAAGUCUGCUGUGAUUCAGCUUUGAGUGGUGGGUCCUCUGGAUGCCCCCCGAUGCCUCGGAUUUAUGUGGACUGUAAAGAUCCUUACAUCAUGGUCAAACAUAUGGAGGUUAAGAGUUGCUCGGAUGACAGUGAUUGCAGGAAGAACGAGAAGUGCUGCCUAGACAUCUGUGAAUUUGGUAGUCGUAUAUGUAUGCCCGGCAAGCGCAACACCUACUACCUGGUUCCCUGAGACAUCUCCCUUACACCACCAAGUUCAUGUGUGAUUCUUGGGAAUUAUCUACCUAGUUCUGUGACCUUGCCCCCUCAUAAUAUACCUUUAUGCAAUAUUUUAUGGACGACGUGAAUGCUGCAAAUAAUUCAAUGUCACACAAGCACACACACACAUAAACACAUGGAUAAAAGGAUAUUUACACAAACAAACCCCCUACACACACACACAC